AGACGGAGAGAAGCCACGCGACUCGCUGGGACCAGUGCUGACCCUUGCCGCACAAGAUGACAGCAAGAGACGGGCCCCAAGAUAGGUACAAAGCUGUCUGGCUGAUUUUCUUCAUCCUCGGCCUGGGAACGCUGCUGCCGUGGAAUUUCUUCAUGACCGCCAGGGAGUAUUUCAUCGGCCGCCUCGCGGAGCCGGAGGAGCUGAGAAGCUUCAGGAACCAGAGCGGUGAGGCUGCCUUGGCGCCCUCCUACCUGCCGUCCAUGUUUGACAACUUCAUGACCCUCUGCGCCAUGGUGCCCCUCCUCAUCUUCACCUGCCUCAACUCCUUCAUCCACCAGCGGAUACCCCAGCAGAUCCGCAUCUCGGGCAGCCUGGUGGCCAUCGGGCUGGUGUUUUUAGUCACCGCAAUCAUGGUGAAGGUUGCCAUGGAGCCUCUUCCCUUCUUCGUCUUUACCAUGAUCAGCAUCAUCUUCAUCAACUCCUUCGGCGCCAUCCUCCAGAGCAGCCUCUUUGGGCUGGCAGGGCUCCUGCCCGCCAGCUACACGGCUCCCAUCAUGAGCGGGCAGGGCCUGGCGGGCACCUUUGCCGCGUUGGCGAUGAUCUUCAGUAUCGCCAUUGGCGCCCAGCAACCCGAGAGCUUCAUCGGUUACUUCACCACGGCCUGUGUGGCGAUCGUGCUGGCAAUCAUCUCCUACAUCCUUCUGCCUCGCAUGGAUUUCUUCCGAUACUACUCCAUGAAGGACAAGACCGAGUACUGUGUGUACAACGCAGAGCUGGAGACCAAGAGGGACCUGAUUAAGAAAGACGAGCCCAAUGGGAUGGAGCAGAAUAACUCAAAGGUCAUCCCUAUCCACAACCCUGAUGAGAAGCCCUCGGUCAUCGCUAUUUUUAAGAAGCUCUGGGUCAUGGCCGUGUCCGUCUGCUUUGUCUUCACGGUCACCAUCGGCGUCUUUCCUUCCAUCACAGCCAAGGUGUCCACUGUCCUCGGGGAGGGAAACGGAUGGG